CCUUUUUCACACACAUGAUUCGGUUCUGCUGGUUCUGUAGUUGAUCAGUUCAACUUCGUAUUUCUGUAAGCUGUGCUUCUUCGUCUUCAACAGAUUUCCUCAAAUGAAUCUUUUUGGCAAGUUCUUGUUGCUGUGCAGCAUAAGCGUCGCUUUUAUCGCGGUUCGAUGGAGCGCUCCGUCAUUUAAUGAAGAGUCCUUGAAAGGUGCCAGGGUGCUGGUGACCGGUGCCAGUACUGGCAUAGGUGAGCAGUUGGCGUAUCACUAUGCCCGUUUAGGAGCCCAACUGGUUAUCACAGCGAGGAGAGGAAAUGUCCUAGAACAGGUUGUGAGCAAGUGCUUGGAAAUGGGGGCUCAAAGGACAUUGUUCGUCCCUGCGGACAUGGCAAGACCGUCCGAUGCUGACCAUGUGGUGCAGUACGCCAUCGAACAGCUUGGGGGUCUGGAUUACCUGGUUCUGAACCACAUCGGGCCCAGUCCAUACGGAAUGUGGGAUGGAAAUGUGGAGCACACACGAUGGCUGCUAGAGGUGAAUUUUCUCAGUUAUGCAGAGAUGACGCAAAAAGCUUUGCCAGCCCUUGAAAAGAGUAAAGGGUCAAUAGUUGUUGUUUCCUCCCUGCUGGGAAAAAUAUGUGGGCCUUUUGCUUUGCCGUAUGCCGCAACUAAGUUUGCACUGAACGGUUUCUUUGGAGGCCUCCAGCAUGAGCUAGCAAUGCAAAAAAGCAAUGUGUCCAUAACCAUCUGCACACUGGGCCUGAUCGACACAGAUAGCACCAUGGAGAAAAUCAAAGAUUACAUCAACAUAACCGCCUACCCUGCACACGAAGCCGCCUGGCACAUUAUCAAAGCUGGAGCGUCUCGCCAGUCUGAGGCCUUUUACCCCUGGUACACAUUCUACGCCUGUCUCUUCAGGGAUUGGUUCCCAUACUUCAGGGAUCAAGCGAUUCAAAACUCCUACACAUAUGAUCCUCAAGUUAAUAAGGAUCUAGUUACUGGUAGCUGAAAGUUUCAUGGAUCUAUGUGUUGAGCAGAGCAUUAGCGGUUAAAGCAUGUGCUCUGACACACCAAACCCUGGUGCUCGGGGUGAGAGUUCUCACCAAAAAUAAAGCUUUAUAAUGAAACAGGUUAACAUUCAACCUGCUGAGAAACAUUUUAUGGAGCACUUUAUCAAUACCAUUUGCUGUUUAAAGAGUUUAAACACUUUGUAUUUUAUAUCUGUUCACAAACAACAAGCACGUUUUUUGGCAGAAACGGUUUGCAAAGGGUGUUAAAACCAUGGUUCAUGUUAUUAUUCAGUAUGUGAAACAGCAGAUGUCUGUGUAGACUAAACUACCUCUGUAAAGCACUGUGAACUUACCUCAUGUUUUCUUAUCAGUGACUAGCGCUAACGAUAUUUCUACACGACCUGUUGUCAGACUCACUCAACAAUAAAGAUGUUCAGAUAAAA